GAGGAGGGAAGUUAGUUGGUCUCGGACGCAGUGAAAGUACUCGUCCGUCAACACCAGGAGUCCGCCGAGCCGGGAGCUUUAGAAGGCCCGGCACAGAGGACGUGCAGGUUGAUGCCGCCUGUCGCGCAACGUUUUUGUUCAUCUAAAUGUUCACCUUUCCUGUCCCUCGGGAACUGACGCGCCUCAGAGGACAGUGCGCCGCGCUUCCGCGACGGGACCGGGAUGGCAACUAUGGUGUUGAUGGCGGCUCUGCUCUUCUACCUGUCGACCGAGACACUGUCCAUACAAGUGAUUGUUCCAGAGACUGAGAGGAGUACCGCUCUCUUUGCGUCUGUGAUCCUCCGUUGUGACUACUCCACCUCUGCGAACCCUCAGGAGGUGCUUGUCACCUGGCGGUACAAGUCCUUCUGUAAGGACCCCGUCCUGGAGUACUAUUCCACAGCCUAUCAGGCAGCUCUGCAGCUGGGUCAGGACCCCGCCAAUGACUGUCCAGACCGCCAGCGCACCCUUCGCACUGUCAUCCAGAAGAGGGGCAGCAAUGAGGCGAUGCUGGGUUCAGAGUACCGAGAGCGCAAGAUAACCAUGCAAAACAAAGCUGACCUUGUCAUUACUGAGGUGAUGUGGUGGGACAACGGUGUGUAUUUCUGCUCCAUCGACGCUCCUGGUGACACAACAGGAGACUCGGACCGGGAAGUCAAACUCAUCGUUUACCACUGGCUGACCGUCUUAUUCAUCAUCAUUGGUGCCUUGCUGCUGAUCAUGCUGUUCUGCAUAUGCUGCUGCCAGUGCUGCCCACAAAAGUGCUGCUGUUAUGUCCGCUGCCCCUGUUGUCCACAGACUUGCUGCUGUCCAGAAAAAGUGGUGAUGCAGCACAGGAUGUUACGAGACGCUCAGAAGGCGAUGACUCCCUGGCUGCAUGGUCAACCCAUAUAUGCUCCCAUCAGCUCUAACGUCUCCUCCCAGGGAAACCCCAUCCUCUACUCAGGCUCGAUUUCAGACCAUCCUGCCAAGCAGAACUUUGCUAUGGCUCCCAUGGGACUGUCACCGGUGCCCUUCCAGCAGCAGGCCCCUCCUCCUCCUCCUCCUCACCGUGGUUCCCAUAGAAACACCAGUGCACAUGGCAGCGUCCAAGAGACCAACCAGGUGCUGGACUACCUGGAGAGCCAGAUGAGGGGCAUGGAUGGUGGGGCCCUUCAGAUGCCUCUGCACUCGGUCCAACAUCUGCCCCCCAUGGCGGUGGCCCACCCUCCACAGCCUCUCCCCCACACAGUUCCCUUCACAUCCAGACCCCCCAGUAUGCUGUCUGCCCUUGAUGAGAUGGGAUUAAGGGGGGUGGAGAGGAGGGUCAUAACUCUGCCACCAAUCGUCCAACAUGGGUACAGCCUCUCCCCCCGCAGGGGCGACAGAGGGGGAGAGAGAGCUCGGGGUGACCCCAGAAUAUCCAGCCAGUCCAGUGGGAGUUCAAACCGCACUGGUGUAGGAGGAGGAGGGGGACGUCGCCACCGUGACCCCCGCGGACAUAGAAACCCCUCCCCACCCCAACAUGGGCUCCUGCGGGGCUACAGUGACGACUCUGAAUGGGAGAGUCAGCGGAAUGGAGGUGCACGUGGAGGCGGGAGGCCGGAGAGAGGAGGCUCAGCCGGCAGGAGGGGAGGCGGGACCAGGCCUCGGUCCCGUAGCCGUGACGACCUGAUGGAGGACCUGCGGCGCGUCAUGCCACGGCGGGACAGGAGCUACUCGCCCCCCCUGCGCCGACAAGGCUCCUGGAGCUCCGACGACGACGACAGCAGGAGAGGAAGAGGAGGCAAAGGGAGGGAAUGGUCAGAGAAACCUCCCAGCUACUCCUCCAUCGAGCUCAAGCCAGGACGCAGCAACGGCAGACGGACCUACGACCGCUUCUCAGAUAGAAGCUCCCGUAGUGGCACCAGUGUAGUUAUCUGAAGCCCGUCUGGCUUUUUAUUUUUAUUUUUAUUUCUAUUUUUGUUCGAUUCAUGUUUGUUUUCACCAAAAUGUGACAGAAGACGGUCGGUCUGACCCCUGACCCCCAACCUCGUUCAAGUCAGGGUUGUAAGGAUGUGGUUGUGGUGACGUCUGCCCGGUGUGCUGAAGUUUCCUGUGUAACAAUAUAAUGUUGUUAGGACACUGCACUGUAUGUUUAUAAAAGCAAUUAAAAGGCUGGUUUUACGAGGAGAAACCCAGGCGGAGGCGGCGGCGGAGGCAGUGGCGGCGGCGGGGGCGGAGGCGGCCAUUGAUAAAUCGCCAUAUUACACGUGGAGUCUUGGACUAGUGAGUGAGGAUAAUAGUUGUUGUGUCCUAGUUGUUCAAAAAAGUUUUUUUUUCUCCUUUCUUUGCAUGGGAGUGUGUUUUUGUACCCGGUGGUGGAGAGACGUGUGCAGAAGUGAACGUCUCGAUCGUUUUGUUUUUUAUUUUGUUUUUUACUCGUUUGAAGUUUUAACAAGCAGAGACCAUUUGAACACUUUGUCAAUGCUGCAGGUAGCUGAUUGUCACGUGUCGGUGAGCUGUCAGUGACCAGGUUUCAUGUGUGCGUUUGCCUUAUCUUACGCUCUGUUUAAUGUGUUUCUGUCUUCGGCAACACUCGUUUGGUCGAGCACGAAUAGCAUUUAAACGCAACUGUGUCAUACCCGCACAACAGAGGGAUGGAUGAAGGAGUCAAGCCGUCGUACCCGGACCACUAAGAGCUGGUCAGCUCCACAACACAAAUUGUCCUAGAUGUGUGUUUGUUUGUUUUUUUGUAAUUUAAGCCGAAGCAGAGUUGAGUUGUAAUCACAUGUUCAUUUUCAAUAAAAAAAAAAGU